UAACUUUACAUCAAGCUUGCUUCGCCAACCACAGACCCGUAUGUAAACAAACGUUGGUCGAGGCUCGGAGGUGACGCAACCAUGGCCUCUCUCGUGCCCUUGAUGAGGCUGGUGCCCCUACGCGCCCCUCGAGCCACCCUCAGGCCUUGUUACAGGGCAGUGGGUCCUGGCUUCGCUACCUGGCACAAGCUCCCUACCACCCUAAACAGGGUAUCCCCAGUCACAAUAUUAAGAGUACAUGAAAGUGGUGGAGUAGUAGCAGGUGUGCGCCACAUAUCAGAGUGGCACUCUAGACGUCAUAAUAAAGGACUCACCCAGCGAGAGUCCCUGGUGGUGACCCUGUCCCUUGGGGUCUUUUUAUUGUACUUCAUGUGGCUGCGAGAGCCCAACGACAUCGAUGAGUAUUUGAACCAACCCAUCUGGAAACGUCUGCCAGACAUUGACCCAGAGAAAGCAGAGCAAAUGAUGGAAGUGGACAAAUACCUUGGUUUACAGGUUGAUUAUGCUGAACUUGAGAAGUAUAAGGAAGAAUACUACGCUGAACAGCUUGAGAAAUUGAAUAAAGAGAAACAACAUAGGAAGAGGCACCAAGAUCUGUUGCGAUCAGUGUCAUCCAACUCUCAAACACCAACUUAUGAUUAAGAUUAAUGUUGAAAUCAACAAGAAAGGAUCUUCAUGCAGUCAGAUAGGUUAAAAAGGCCACUGCCAAAGUCCCAUUACAAUUUUCAUUAUUAUAAUUGCAGGUAACAAGCCAUCUACACCAGGCAGAACAUGUUACAUGUGGAAUGGGAUGCUGAAUUUCUCAUGUAAAAAGACUAGAAUGUAUAGGUAGAACACACUACACUAGAUCUAGGCUGAGACAAGGAUGAUGUAAAAUGAAAUGUAAUUGGACUAGGUCACAGGACCUGAUGAAAUAGAUAUGGAAAAUAUAAAAAAAAUUCUUGGGAAAGUUUUAUAAAUCAAUGCUAGUUUCCAAGUAAAAGAUUUCAAGUCCCUUGCCUAUAUGUAUCUACAUAUAUAUGGUGCCUGGGACACAAGAAUCUCUUUAUUGUACAUAAUAAUUCAUCAUAACAUGUCAAUAAAGUUCUUCCUCAA